AUGUCAGCAGACAACUAUCAUGUAGGGUGGAUCUCUGCCCUUCCAUUAGAGGAGGCUGCCGCCCUGGACAUGCUUGAUGAGAGACAUGACCCUGUCCUACAACCAAGCUACGAUCCCAAUAACUAUGUCUUGGGCCGAAUAGGUCCACAUAAUGUGGUCAUUGCAUGUCUACCUCAAGGAGUCAUUGGUCCUGUAUCGGCAGCUUCUGUAGCAAUACCCAUGCGCGGCACCUUCCCCUCUCUUCAGUUCAUCCUUCUCGUCGGAGUCGGUGGCGGCGUCCCCACAACACAACAUGACAUUCGUUUGGGAGAUGUCGUGGUGAGUCGUCCAACCGGGCAAUUCGGCGGCGUGGUCCAGUACGAUUUUGGGAAAACCCUCCAUCAAGGACGCUUCGUCCGAACUGGCUCACUCAAUCGUCCUCCCGACGUGUUGUUGAAUGCGGUAUCCAGCCUAGAGGCCCAGCACCGCAGCCAGGGAGGUUCCCAGAUCAGUUCCAUUCUCGAGGAUGUUGUUCGGAGGAACCCACGCCGGUGGAAGGCUUGCAUUUAUCCAAGCACGGAUAAAGAUGAAUUGUUUGUACCCUCGUACCCCCACCAAAGCUCAGAAAGCGGACUCUGCGAAGCUUGUGACCGCGGUAACCUUGUCGAUCGGCCACUGCGCACCGAAACGCACCCGGUCAUACAUUAUGGCUUGAUUGCAUCAGGUAGCCAAGUCAUCCGAGAUGCGAUUAUGAGGGAGCGUUUGAGUACAGAAUUGGACGUUCUGUGCUUUGAGAUGGAGGCUGCUGGUUUGAUGAACUAUUUUGACUGCUUGGUUAUUCGAGGUAUUUGUGACUACUCGGAUUCGCACAAAAACAAGCAAUGGCAGGAGUAUGCAGCUGCCACCGCCGCUGCUUAUGCGAAAGAGCUCUUAUUGAUUAUCCACCCGAUGCCUUCCUUCCGAACAGCCAUGGCCGAUAGGACUCGUAGCAGCAGUGAGGGCGACAAUACUCAAUAUAGCCAAGGGCUCUCCUUUCAAGAAGGUUCAGCCUCUACUUUCAACACCGGGCCCCUGUCCGCGAAAGGGUAUUCUUCAGCAGCCGCCGAAUCAGAAUGUCUCAAGUCGCUGUGGUUUCGGGAAAUGGGCGGUCGCAGAGACAACAUCGAUCGUGCCGCUGAGGGAACCUGCUCCUGGCUGACAGAACACUCGGAUUAUCAGAAAUGGGCUGCACAGAAUCACGGUCUACUUUGGAUAACAGGCUCCCCCGGUGCCGGGAAAUCAGUCCUUCUUGACACGCUGGUAAGCGCGGUCGAAAAGCAAAGAGAUGAGAGCGUUAUUGUGGCUUCAUUUUUCAUCCACGGGCGUGGCACAGAGAUGCAGAAAUCCCCAGCCGGACUAUAUCGAUCCAUUCUGCAUCAGAUACUGACAAAAGCGAAGAUUCUACUGACCGAGUUAGCAAACAGUUUCGUGUUGAAGGAACAAAACCAGGGGAAAUAUGGACAUGCUUGGACGUGGCAUGAAAAAGGAUUGUUCGACUUCCUCAAUACUCGAGCAAAACAAUAUACUAGGCACUCUAUCAAAAUUUUCAUAGAUGCCUUGGACGAAUGCGGCGAAGAAACGGCAAGAAAGCUCUCAUCGGAACUUUGGAGCCUGACGACUCCAACUCUGGAGGGUCGCUCAUCAAUAAGCGUAUGCAUAACUUGCCGCCACUAUCCUGUUAUGGACCUAUUUGGUGCCCCUGAGAUCUGUGUCGAAAAUCAGAAUUCGGACGACAUUUCUAGAUUUGUGCAAGGUGGUCUCGCGUUGGUCUUCAACAACCCGCGUUCGCGUAAAGAUCUUGAACACGCAAUUUUGCACAAGGCAGCUGGGAAUUUUUUGUGGACGGCUCUCAUCCUCGAACAAGCAAAGCGCAAAGGGCGCCGUGGCUAUGGUUUGGAAAAAAUAUGCCGGGAAAUUCAAAAUAGCUCUCCAGAGCUUGGACAAAUAUACAAGGAAGCAUUGGUGAAAAUACCGCCAGAGGACAGGACGGACGCACUACGUCUUUUCCAGUGGGUAUGCCUGACCGAGGAGCCGCUUUCCCUGAACCAACUGCGGUAUGCGCUGGCCUUUGACCCGUUGGCACCACCGAGAACUCUCGCCGCGUGGACGAAUUCAGAAACGUUCCCGGAAACAGACGACCAGAUGAAAAGGUUAAUCAAAGCUCUAUCCGGUGGCCUUAUCGAGGUUGUUGAAGGAAUCUACAUCGUUCAAUGCAUUCAUCAGUCCGUCAAGGACUACUUUCUACAGCAAGGCCUUCAAGAUCUCGAGCAAUCUAUCGGCCAAGAGCGAUCACGUUCCGGACUUGACUACACGCUAUCACAAGCCCAUGAGCUCAUUUUCAGAUGCUGCAUGCAUUAUAUCCUCGCCGACGAAAUACUUCGGCUCUCUGUUGAGGAACCGCGAAAUUCAACAACUGAAUAUCCCCUCCUUCAGUAUGCUGUGUCCAAGUGGCCCUUGCAUCUGAAGAAAGCCGACCUCGAUGGCAGAUUACAGCGAGACCUUGUGACAUACCUCCAAUGGCCCGCUCGAACUCGUUUGAAGCAAUGGCUUUUACUCUGCUCCCUGGAUUUGCGUGCUUGUGCUCUUCGACCGGAAGCGCAUUUACUGCACGUGGCCGGUUAUUAUGAUCUUUGUCAUGUCAUAGACGCCGUGGCUGACAACGAAGCACAUGGGACUAUUGAUCCUAGAGAUACCGAGGGAUGCACUCCUCUUAUCUGGGCGGCAAAGAAUGGACAUGCCGAAGCGGUGAGCUCCUUCAUCAGGUACGGCGCCGAUGUCAACGCUUUUGAUUCCGAACGUCGUUCGUCAUUGUGGUGGGCUUCGGGCUACAGUCACCUGCAUGUGGCGGAGAUCUUAAUCAAACACGGAGCAGAUCUCAAUUUGCAAGAUCAACUCGGCCGUACAGCAUUGUUCUCGGCUUCGGCAAGGGCUGAUGAAGUUUCGGUCGAUUUCCUCCUAUCCAAAGGCGCAAAUCCCAACAUACGAAACAAGCAAGGAAGGUCAACACUCUCCUUUAUCAGUGAUUGGGUUCUAGGACAGUCUUACAGAAUUAUCCGAAAGCUGCUUGAAAAUGGCGCACAACCAAGCAGGAUGUUAUCUGAAGAUCAGUCCCUAUUAGAAUGGGCGACGCUCCACGACUUAACUGACAUCAUCGACCUCAUGCUGAAACUCGAUCAAUUCGCACAUGAUGGUAGCCGACGAGCGCUAGCGCUGUUGCACGCCUUGCACCGGAGAAGUUUCUCAGUCGCCCUCAAAUUUGCAAAUGCCGGGAUCAGCCCGCAGAAAUUCACAGAGACCACCGGCGAAACCCCCAUCGCCUACGUCCUUUCGGUGAACUGCCAAUCCAUUGCCGAAGUACUGCUUCAGAAGAAGAAUUGUGACCCCAAUGGUCGAGGUUCAAGGGGAAUUACCCCUCUCAUUGCCACUGCUCAACGGGGACUUGUGGAUAUGAUGAGGUCUUUGAUCAACCUAGGCGCCGAAGUUGAUACUGCGGAAUGUGAAGGCCGCACGGCUUUAUCAUUUGCCGCGGAGGGUGGAUAUAUAGACGGUGUUCGCCUGCUCAUCAAAAAGCAUGCCGACCUAAAUUUGAGUGACAAAAAGGGAAAGACACCACUCAUGUGGGCAGCUGAACACGGGCAUGCGCGUAUGGUCGACCUACUCCUUGAAAAGGGCGCAGACCCUAAAUCUCAAGACUCAUUACGACAAUCAGUAUUGUUCUGGGCAGCCAGAGGUAACAACGUCGAUGUGAUGAAACAGCUGAUGAAGAGCGGCGUGGGUCUAGAGCACCGGAACUCACUGGGUCAGACUGCCCUCUGGUUGGCUAUUAUGCAUCGAAAGCUUGAUGCUGCAGGAUCUCUACUUGCUGCUGGCGCAAACCCCAACGCAACCGAUUUGGAGGGCAAGAGUCCACUUCUAUGGGCAGUGUCUGCUGGUUAUUUCGUUGGAGUCGAACUUCUUCUCGAACAAGGCGCGGAUGCUAAUCUAAAGGACUAUAAGCAGCAAACGGCGCUUCUUGUGGCCACGGCUAACGGCAACAUGGAGCUGGUAAGGCUCCUGCUUAAACACCAUGCGAACCCAGACGUGGAGGAUUUGGACGGAUAUACACCAUUACUGCUUGCGGUCAAGAAAGGUUUGGCAGAAGCAGUGUCGGAUCUCUGCACACCUACCCAAUUAAAUCGCGGAGAUCAUAAUGGCCGUACUCCGCUUCUAUCAGCCGUCAUGAACGGAAACGAAACAAUUGCGAAGUGUCUGUUGGACCAAGGAGCUAAUGCCGAUUGCCAAGGUUAUCGAGGGAGGAGUCCACUGUCCUUUGCUUGUGAAUACGGAUACGAAAGCCUAGUGGGAAUCUUGCUGGAAUACCAGGUCAAUAUCAACAUGCAGGACCAGAAUGGUUGUACUCCCGUCUGGUGGGCAGCGGCUUACGGCAGAACCGCCAUUCUAAAGGUCUUACUUGAGAAUGGUGCCGAUUUAGACAUUUCCUGCAAGUCUGGCGAAUGCCCUCUAUCGAAAACCGUGAGCAAUGGCAAUGUCGAUGCUGCUCGUCUUCUUUGGCAGCAUCUGUCGGCUACUCAUCCUAAUCCCGAAUUCAGCUCCAGCCUGCUGGGAUUGGCAACAGACCACUGUGACUCGUCGAUGGUCUCCUUAUUGAUCGAAGAAGGGGUCAACUGUGGUUAUACCCUCCCUUCUGGCCGAACACUGUUGUCAUGGGCAGCGAAGAAUGGCUGCCUGAAUGUGCUCAAGGCAUUGGACAAACGAGGGGUCGAUCUCGAGUCUCCUUGUGAUCAGCAAGGGCUUACUGCCCUUGAUUUAGCCUACAAGCGGGGCCACAAGAGUGUGGUCGAGUUCUUGAUGGCACACUCGAAAUGA